AUGACAACAGAAUCGGACAUCAUAGAUCUGAAGGCUCGCUCCAGAGAAGGAAGGGGUUUGAGCCAACAGUAUGGUGACAAAUGGAUUGAGAUUCAAAAGAACACUUUCAUGAACUGGGUGAAUUUGCAGCUGUUGGGGUCUGGAUUAACGGUGUCGGAUUUCGAGACGGAUUUCGACGAUGGGGUUCGUCUGUGCACACUAGUUGCAUCCCUGCAGAACAGGAAGAUUGGGCGGGUGAUCAAGAACCCUGUCAAUCAACACCAGAGACUGGAAAAUGUUACUUUGGCAUUGAAGGCUAUCGCUGAGGACAAUGUCAGACUUGUCAAUAUCGGAAGCGAGGAUAUCGUCAACGGAAGCCAGAAGUUAAUUCUGGGCCUAAUCUGGCACUUGAUCCUUCGCUACCAGAUCGGCAAGACCAAGUUCCCGCCAAAGAAGUUGAUGAUCGCCUGGCUACAGGCUGUGAUCCCAGAGUGCAACAUCACAAACUUCACGUCUGAUUGGAACGAUGGUGUUGCUUUACAUGCUCUGAUAGAAUACUGCCAACCUGGCCUGUGUCCAGACUGGAGAAAUUUGUCCAGAAACAACAGACUGAACAACUGCCAGAAUGCCAUGACUUUAGCUCACGAGAAGCUCAACAUUCCCAUUGUGGUGCGACCAGAAGACUUCUCCUCACCUCACCUGGAUGAGCUUUCUGGCAUGACCUACCUGUCCUACUAUAUGAAUGUAGACUCGCCAGGUUAUCUGGCCACCCGUCGAGAAGUCAGAGCUCUUCUGCAGCAGGGAACUAUUGAUAACUUUACUACUGACUGGAAUGAUGGCCGCCUCCUCUGCACUUUGGUGAAGUCAGUUGGUGGAGAAGUCGCUGGAUGGCCAAAUUUUUCCCAGGAUCCUGAACAAAAUUUGCAACAUGGUAUCGAUGGAGCCAGGAAACUUGGCAUUGAGCCGAUCUUCACAGCCAAAGAAAUGGCUGACCCGGAAGUAGAACACUUGGGCAUCAUGGCUUAUGCAGCCUACUUUAGAAAGUUUAAACCAGUCAGAAUCGUCCAGAAUAAAGCUUCCAUGGAGGGUCAAUUCAAUGAUAUUCAUGUCAGGCAAGAGAAACACUUUGUUAUUCAUGCGACAGAAGGCACGUCCCAUGAUUCAAUUAGAGCAGAAGUGAUAGGACCAGACUCGAUUGUUCCGGUGAGAACCAGAUGGAACGGUGAUAAAUGUGAUUGCUACUUCACACCCACUGAAAAUGGGCAGCACAAGCUGAAUGUGUAUUGUGAUGGCCAGACUAUCCCGGGUUGUCCAGUGGCAUUUAAAGUACAGUCUGACCGGUCAAAGAUUAAGUUUGACCACCUGGACAGAGCUGUUGUUGGGGUUACUAGUGAACUCAAGGUGGACAUGACAUCUGCUGGUCAAGGGGAUAUUAGGAUUGAGACCAUCUCUCCUAGUGGCAGAGUCAUGGAGAUGCCAGUUGUCUACAGAGAUGGCGUGCAUAAAGCCAAUUUUACACCGACUGAAGUUGGUGACUGGAAGAUAGCCAUGUUGUACGAGGGGGAGCACCUCCAGGGUAGCCCAUACAAGGUCAAUGUGUUUGACCCCUCUCUUGUUCGCAUCAAUGACCUUCAUGGAGGGAAAGUAGGACAUGAACUUUGUUUCCAUGCGGAUGCCUCAGCUGCGGGUGAAGGAGAAAUCACUUGCCAGGUUUUUCAUGGCAACUCAAAAGUGCCUUGCUACGUGACCAAAGAUGAAUACGGGAAAUAUAAAGUUGACUUUACUCCGCAAGGAUCUGGAAGUUAUCGGGUCCAUGCCUACAUGAAUGACAUUGAAGUCAGAGGCUCACCUUACACAGUGGAUAUUGUUGACUCGAGUCGAGUCACGGUCAGUGGAGCUGGACUGAAUCUGGUUCCUGUAAACACUCCCGCAGUUUUCAACAUUCACACAGAUGGUGCCGGCGGCGGAAAGGUAGAUGUUGACAUCACUGGUGAGUACACUAUUGAAGUGAAGUUUGCAGAACAGGAAGUGGCUGGCUCGCCAUUUGUGGCCAAAGCUUUUGACAUGAGAAAACUGAUUGUGAGCGAGAUGCCGACCAUAGCGUCCAGGGAUAAACCAGUGUGUUUCAACAUUGACGCAUCACAAGCUGGUUCAGGGAACAUUGAGAUACGUGUCAAUGGAGGCCAUGUUCCAUGCAAUGUGCAGAACAAAGGAAACCAUCGGUUUGCAGCAUCUUUUAUUCCGGAGAAUGCUCGACCACAUGUUGUGGAGAUUUCAUUUAAUGACACCCCAGCUGUUG